CCCAACAAGAAUACGUAUGUCCUAGACUUGUAGAAAGAUGAUAUAUACAUAUAAAAAGAAGCAUACGUUUGUUGUACUAGACGUCAACACAAAAUAACUUGUUAUAUUUCUGUUGUACUAACAGCAAUAUUUCAUACAUUUCAAACGGAAAAAGAGAGAUUGAUGUGAUCAGUGUUAUUGCUUUUAGAAAACUAUUGAAGGUUCAACGAGUUCUAAGUAAAGUCGAAUUCUUGUAAUAAUCCUUGUUCCAACGGGCAAACAUGCAGCUGUUAAAAGCUAUUGACGCCGUUUGACCUAUUUUUCUUCUUAUUUAUUUUAUUUAAUGUUUUCUUCCUCACUUGUUUUUUUCUAUUCUUUAUUCAUCUAAACUUAUGUAGCAAAAAAAACGCUUAUGUCUUCUCUCAUUGCAAGAAUAUACGUUUUAAAAGAAUAAUAUUAGCUGUUGCUCAAAAAAAAAAAUAUUAGCUUCAAACGCUUCCUGUCACGUGAAUUUUGAUUUCCGAUCUAUGUUUUCAAAAUAGAUCAUUAGAUUAAAGGUCUCAAUAUUAUUAUUUUUAAGCUAAUCACUUUUUCGCUUGAUUGCUAACAAAUUAAUUAAUGUAAUAAUAAUAUCCAAUAUAUGACCUUGACCAAGACAUAUGUCCUAGAGUAGUAUUAACGGCGUCAGCUGCCGUUAAUCCCAUUUACCAAAAUAUAUACCACAAGGGAAUCUCUUCUCCUCUCUCUAUCUCUCUCACCAUUCAAUCACUCCCAUUCAUUUUUCAAAAUCUCUUUUUUCCCACUCUCUCUCUCCCUCUCUCUAGCUUGAAGAACAAGAUUGGUAUAUUUGUUACAACGGGCUGAUUUAUCAAUAUAUUUCACAAAUAAAGAAGAAGAAGAAGAAGAAGGGUGAUAUCUCGAAGAAAAUGGGGAAGAAAGAGCAGAAAGAUCAUCAUUCAACAGUAGAAAGCGACGACAAAGUCGAAGCUGUUCUGCAUCUCCUUCGUAAACAUUCUCCUCUCACUCUUAAACAGGAGAAGUUCUGUAACAGAGGUUGUGUCAGUAGAUUCUUGAGAACAAAAGGAGACAAUGUGAAGAAAGCAGCUAAACAGUUAAGGUCAUGCCUUUCAUGGAGAUCCUCUCUUGGCAUCGAGAGCUUGAUCGCCGAUGAGUUCACGGCGGAGCUAGCUGAAGGUCUUGCCUAUGUCGCCGGUCUUGACGACGAGUGUAGACCCGUUUUGGUUUUCCGCAUUAAACAAGACUAUCAGAAGCUACACACGCAGAAACAGUUGGCUCGUUUGGUAGUAUUUACAUUGGAGGUGGCAAUCUCAACCAUGUCCAGGAACGUCGAAGAAUUUGUCAUCCUUUUCGAUGCUAGCUUCUUCAAAUCAGCAUCAGCCUUCAUGAACAUACUUGUGACUACACUCAAAAUAGUCGCAGAGUAUUAUCCCUGUCGCCUUUUUAAAGCUUUUGUCAUCGACCCUCCUUCUCUUUUCUCGUACCUUUGGAAGGGUAUUCGUUCAUUCCUGGAUCUUUCAACGGCCACGACGAUUGUAUCCAUGCAGAAUUUCCAAAACUCGUUUGACUACGACGACGACUUCUCUUCUUCUUACCCCUCACGAGUCUCCUCCCUCCGUUUCGACACGUCAUCGAUAAAAUCAACGGACAAGAUCGGCUCCUGCGCAUCCUCUAGGUUCGCCUUCACCGUAUCUCGCGACGGUCUCGACACGGUCAAACCUUGGUGCCUCACGCUGACCGACACGUCAUCAUCUAAGCUAGGACACACAGGCGCGUACCUCUCGCCGCUAAACGCGCGCUCUUUCUCCUUCGCGUCACCCGCGGCUAGGCGCGAGCCUCUGGCUGGGGCCAGGAGAAGCUUCUUCGCUUCGACGCCGAUGCCAGCUAGGACGACCGACCGUCACUCUGUCGGAGGAACCCUCCGCGACCCGCGGGUACCUCGCCCGUCUUUCUUCCAGUCUCCGGCGGUGUUUUUCCGGCGAGAGACACACGUCAGCAAAACUGAGAAGCCGCGAAGAGAUUCGUUCGUUCCUUUCCUCAAGUUCUAUCGUAGACCGUACGAUGAGAUGACUUAUAGGUCAAAGAUGCGGCCCCCACUCGGUGGUCUCGUCUCCAUAGUUUCUACUCAGAUUAGACGCCGGCACGUGUCUUUGUCUCAACGGUUCUAGCUUAUGAAGCUAUACACUCCAUUCACCCUCUUGAAGAAGUACGUAACAGUAUAUAACUUUUGUUGCCAUUUUGUUAUAAAAGUUCUCCAUUAUUAUCGUUGACUCUUGUUUCUAUCGUGUUAGUUCGUCACAUGUAUUUUUAAUAAUUUUAUUGAUCAAUUGUUUAUGAUUUAUUCAGCAAUUUUCUUAUGGUUUGAUUUCAAUUGUCUA